CAAAAUUCAGCAUUGUAUAAAUUGAAAGGAAAAAAAAAAAGUUUAAUUAUAUUUGUGGGAAUGUGAGUUUGAAUCAGCAUUGUCCACCAAACCUAACAUGCAAAGUCUCCCUUCUUAGCUAGGGAAUACCAGUUUAAGUGUUGCAUGACUUUCAGUUGGCGAAUCCAGAAAAAUUCCUAUGGUGGAUAAGGACUCUGAUCGAUAAGCCUAAAACUAUCUUUCUCGCAAAAUUAGUGGUUGAUACUGUGCUUAUUUAAAAUGAUAUCUGUGGUUGAUUACCUUGAUUUUCUUUUUCGUUACUACAAUAUAAUGAAGGCCAAAAGGCCUAAAUGUACCACUUGUAUAAUGAUUGCCAAUUGAUCGUGUUGUUAAAAGAGAUAAAUCUAAUGACAAUAGGUCUUUUUAGUUACUAACUAACCAUUAUGAAAAAUUAGGGUUUUAUAUUUUUUUAAUCAGGAAGUGAAUGAAAUUUUAUUGGGAGAGAGGUAGUACUACUAUAUAUAUAUAUAUAUAUAUAUUUUUUUUUUCGCUGGAAAAUCAGCGAUUAACACUAGAAGGCUAGUACUUCGUCAGGUUGAAUUGACCAUUAUAUCUUUGGGAGAAAUCUUUGUCACCGACAUAAGUUAUUUAGGGCUUUUUGAGGGUUAAUUGGCUAUAAAUUUACGACGAACAUGCAUGUUAACUAAUUAUUGUUGCAUUCAGGAUCAAUUUAAGAACCAAAAAAAUUUGCAAGUAGUGCUUUGACUUUUGGCCUAGCAUUUUGCAUACCAAGUAGUGUGAUUUUGUUUCCUUGUGUUUUCAGUUUAUGAUAUUUUGGGGUCUAAAAGGUGAUGUUAUUUCACUUGUUAUAGUUUGUGAAUCAUUAUUUAAAUCAAGUUUCUCCUUUUUUCAAAAAAUAAAAAUAAAAAUCAAGUUUCUGAGUUAGAUGGGUUGGACUUGUUUCCAAGGAUGCCGAAGCCCACAGGCUUCCAUCAAGCCUGUCACUCCAUAUGGCCUUUCUAAAAGUACUUGAAAGUCAUCAUCAUUCCGGAGUGCACAGAGCACAUUACUUGACACAUUUCAUGUAACAUUCUUUCCAUUCUUUGUGAUACCAAAAAAAAAAAAAAAAAAAAAACCAAAUUGAGGGAUUAUUAUAGGAUUAUUGUACAGAGAAGAGAGAUUAUUAUGAUAUUUAUAUCCCAACAUAAAAUACAGUUCUAAUUAAUUGAUUCGAUUAGUGUACCUCAUCAUUAAUAAGUACUGUGAUAUAGUAAUAUGGAGCAUAUUUUUUGAAGAAUUACAAUAGGGGCUUAAGCCAGAGCCAGACCCGCACCGUAUGACCCGAACCAGACCUAAAAGGCCUCACAGGGCUCAAACCCUAAUCAGUAAACAGCAGGUGACCGGUCCAUCAUCUAAUCGCCUAAACCGCAGCACUCCUCGCACCGCAACGCAACUCACGUUUGCUUUCUCUUUUCUCUUUCUCUUUCUCCUCCUUCGGUACGUUCCCACCUCCCCUUCCCCCUUCUUCUCUUUUGCUCCAAAUACCAACAAAACGCUGUGACAAAUCACUCCAUUCUCUCUCACACACUCACGCACUACCCUUCUCUCUUCCCUCCGUGCGUUAUCUUGCUCUGUACUCUCCUAACAUACUACGUACAUUUUACGCGAUGCCCUGUAUUUCCCCCCCUUUUGUUUGUGCAAUUAAUUGAUCGAAAUCCGCUUGCUCAGAGUCUUUAUUAAUCGUUUUCCUCUCCUUAAUUUUGUUUUUGGCGUUCUGAUGGUGACGUCGAACAGUUCUCCGCUGCACUUUAUGCUUCCGGUGAAAAGAGACUCCAUGGGCGGAGCUGAGGUGGCUGACGCUUCUUUGACGGCGUUUAAGAAGCACAGAGCUUCCCCUUCCGCCGCCGCCGCCGCCACGACUCCGCCAGCCGCUGCCUCCGACGCCGAGGUUAGCAUGGCUGGAGGGUCUAACGGCAUCGGGAACGCAAGUAAUGGCGUUGGGAAUGGGAAUACGCCGACGCUCGUCAGUGGCACUAAUGGCGGCGACGGCAAUUCUCAGGAUAUCGAUGAGGAUCUUCAUAGUCGCCAGCUUGCCGUUUACGGCCGCGAGACUAUGCGCCGCUUGGUCGCUUCUAAUAUUUUGAUUUCCGGAAUGCAAGGCCUGGGUGCUGAAAUCGCCAAGAAUUUGAUUCUUGCCGGUGUUAAAUCGGUGACGUUGCAUGACGUGGGAAAUGUGGAGCUGUGGGACUUGUCGGGCAAUUUCAUCUUCUCCGAGGAUGAUGUAGGAAAUAACAGAGCACUUGCCUCUGUACAAAAAUUGCAAGAACUAAACAACGCUGUGACAGUUUCUGCUAUAACAACUGAUUUAACCAAAGAGCAGCUGUCAGGCUUUCAGGCUGUUGUGGUUACCGAUAUCAGCUUACAGCAGGCUAUUGAAUUUGAUGACUACUGUCGUCAACACCAGCCUCCAAUUGCUUUCAUCAAAGGUGAAGUGCGGGGUCUUUUUGGUAAUGUUUUUUGUGAUUUCGGCCCUGAAUUCACAGUCCUUGAUGUUGAUGGCGAGGAUCCUCACACUGGCAUUAUUGCAUCUGUUAGCAAUGACAAUCCUGGUCUUGUGGCUUGUGUAGAAGAUGAAAGGCUUGAGUUUCAGGAUGGAGAUCUUGUAGUCUUUUCUGAAGUGCAGGGAAUGACAGAAUUGAACGAUGGAGUACCUAGGAAAGUGAAAAAUGCGAGGCCGUACUCAUUCACCAUUGAGGAGGAUACCACCAAUUAUUCUAGAUAUAUCAAAGGUGGAAUCGUCACACAGGUUAAGGAGCCUAAAGUCCUGAAUUUUAAAUCACUUAAUGAAUCCUUGAGGGAUCCUGGUGAUUAUCUUCUCAGUGACUUCUCUAAAUUUGAUCGACCCCCUCUGCUUCACUUGGCAUUCCAAGCAUUAGAUAAGUUUAUAACAGAGUGUGGUCGCUUCCCUGUCACCGGUGUUGAGGAGGAUGCACUGAGACUCAUUUCACUUGUUGCUGAAAUUAACAAUGGCUUGAAUGAUGCUAGGCUUCAAGAGAUCGACCAAAAGCUUCUUAGGAAUUUCGCAUUUGGGGCUAGAGCUGUGUUAAACCCCAUGGCGGCAAUGUUUGGUGGUAUUAUUGGUCAAGAAGUGGUCAAAGCUUGUUCUGGAAAGUUUCACCCAAUUUUCCAGUUUUUCUAUUUCGACUCAGUCGAAUCACUCCCUACUGAACCAAUUGAUCCGGAAGAUAUGAAGCCUUUAAAUAGUCGUUAUGAUGCUCAAAUCUCAGUUUUUGGAGCUAAGCUACAAAAGAAAAUGGAGGAUGCAAAGGCAUUUGUUGUAGGAGCUGGUGCAUUGGGCUGCGAAUUUCUGAAGAAUUUAGCUCUUAUGGGGGUCUGCUGUGGUGAUUUAGGAAAGCUAACAAUAACCGAUGAUGAUGUCAUUGAAAAAAGCAAUCUUAGCAGACAGUUUCUUUUUAGGGAUUGGAACAUCGGUCAGGCCAAAUCAACUGUUGCUGCCUCUGCUGCUACUUUAAUUAAUCCUAAACUUCACAUUGAAGCUUUGCAGAAUCGUGCUAGCCCUGAAACUGAGAAUGUGUUUCAUGAUGGGUUCUGGGAGAGUUUGAGUUUGGUCAUAAAUGCCCUAGAUAAUGUGAAUGCCAGGCUUUACAUUGAUCAGAGAUGUCUGUACUUCCAGAAACCGCUUUUGGAGUCUGGAACUCUUGGUACCAAAUGCAACACACAGAUGGUAAUUCCUCAUCUAUCAGAGAACUACGGUGCUUCUAGGGACCCACCUGAAAAGCAAGCUCCCAUGUGCACAGUGCAUUCGUUCCCGCACAAUAUUGAUCAUUGCUUGACAUGGGCUCGAUCUGAGUUCGAAGGACUUCUUGAGAAAACUCCAGCUGAAGUGAAUUCAUAUCUCUCCAGUCCCUCUGAGUACAUUUCCGCCAUGAAAAAUGCUGGUGAUGCGCAGGCACGGGACAAUAUGGAACGUGUUCUAGAAUGCCUUGAUAGUGACAAAUGCGAAAGUUUUCAAGACUGUAUAACUUGGGCUCGGCUGAAGUUCGAGGACUACUUCGCUAAUCGCGUAAAGCAGUUGACAUACACCUUUCCUGAAGACUCAACGACUAGCAAUGGGGCACUUUUCUGGUCUGCUCCAAAGCGUUUUCCACACCCGGUUAAAUUCUCUGUUGAUGACUCCAGUCACCUUAACUUUGUUAUGGCUGCAUCCAUAUUAAGGGCAGAGACAUUUGGUAUCCCCAUUCCUGAUUGGGUUUUCUUCUCUUCCCAAAAAUUAGCUGAAUCCAUUGAUAAAGUGAUAGUCCCAGAUUUCCAGCCAAAGAAAGAUGCUAAAAUUGUGACGGAUGAGAAGGCUACUAGUCUUUCUACCGCUUCUGUUGAUGAUGCUGUGGUUAUCGACGGGUUGGUUAUGAAAUUGGAAUCCUGCCGACAGAAGUUACCUUCAGCAUACAAGAUGAACCCUAUUCAGUUCGAAAAGGAUGAUGAUACCAAUUAUCACAUGGAUUUGAUUGCUGGACUUGCUAACAUGAGGGCGAGAAAUUAUGGCAUUCCUGAGGUGGACAAACUCAAGGCUAAAUUUAUUGCUGGAAGAAUCAUCCCUGCAAUUGCAACUUCCACAGCAAUGGCUACUGGUCUUGUUUGCUUAGAGCUGUAUAAGGUUUUAGACGGAGGGCACAAGCUGGAGGAUUACCGAAACACAUUCGCUAACUUGGCCCUUCCAUUUGUCUCAAUUGCUGAGCCAGUCCCGCCAAAAGUUAUCAAGCACCAAGAUAUGAGUUGGACCGUCUGGGAUAGGUGGAUUAUCAAAAACAAUCCAUCACUGCGAGAAUUACUUCAAUGGCUUCAAGACCGACGGCUUAAUGCUUAUAGCAUUUCCUAUGGAAGUUGCUUGCUGUACAACAGCAUGUUCCCGAGGCACAAAGAGCGCAUGGAUAAGAAGAUGGUUGAUCUGGCAAGGGAAGUAGCCAAGGCAGAACUGCCACCAUACCGGCGUCACUUUGAUGUGGUUGUGGCUUGUGAAGAUGAAGAAGACAAUGAUAUUGAUAUACCCCAGAUUUCCAUAUACUUCAGAUAGUAUAAUCUGGUAUAAAAAGCAGAGUUAUUUGCAGCAUGUCUAAAACGGACUCAAUUUUCUCUAUCAUCGCUAUACUGUAGUUUUUUUAGAGUCUGGUUUUGAUUAGGAUGACAAAGGUUCUGGGUUCAUUUUCAACAGCUAACUGAAUGUAAGUAGCUGAAAGUAGGAUUUUCCAGUUCAUUGACAUAUCAUAUUCAAUCAUUUUUUUUUUCUUUUAAUUGCCUUUUUCCUUUCCAUCUUUUGGAGUAUUAUAUUCUAGUUUGAGGCUGUUAUCAAACAUAGGCAGGUAGCACAGGAUGCCGUGAAACUGGAUGAACACAGAAAGCUUUAUUUUUUUGGCAGUGACUUUUUCCAACAAAUAAUUUUGCGGAAAAAAUUAUGUAUAUAUGUAUUUCGGUUUCCAAAACAACUGAGAUUUACUGUUCACAUAGAGAAUCUGUGCAUAAGCUACUAUCUAUCAAAUUCCUACUAUUUCCAAAAAUUACUGCUCUUUCGGUCCUCAAGCCAUUUUUAACUCUUAUUAUGACCAAGAAGAAACUUUUACCAGUGGAACUUCCUUCCAUUGCAACACCAAUUGGUUCUCAUUCCCCAGACUUACAACCUUGUAUGAACUCCCUCUUUGAUUUACAAUCUGUUGGGCCUCAAUCAAGCUCUCUCUGCUCAUUCUCUGCCCUUCCAGCCCAGGCAUUUGCUGUCCUUCUUUGGUAGCUUUCCACUGCUGGAACCAAGAUUUGGAGGAGACAUAAGGUGAUACGAACAAACUCUCCAUGGCUAUCCUUGCUUCCGGCAAAUAAACAGGGAAAUCGCUUUCCAUGGAUUCAAACAAGGCUUGAAAGUGUUUGAACCGAUUGUUGAAGAAAGAAGAAUAUUCAGGACAAGCUGCUGAGCUGUAGAAGUGCUCCCCUGCUUCUCCAUCACCAAAGGUUAUGAUUCCCCUGUUUCCACCACAAGAAUAUGGCAACAAAUCCUUGGCUACAUUCAAAAACUCAGCCACCAGAUUUCGACCUCUCUGCCUUCCCAUGUGAGGAAGCCCGACCAUCAAGUUGAAGGCUAACCACUCACUUGUUCCUCUUUUCUUCAUCCUUUUGAUCUCACUCACUAAAUCAUCCAAUCCCAUCUCCUCAACGAUCAAACUGAUUCCAAACACGCUGGCGUGUUGGCGCAAUCGCCUUUUUGUAUCUUCAAAGUUCCACUGGGAGGGAUCAUCAUCCUCAGACCUCACAGAUGUAAUCGUUAAUGAUCCAGCCUUCCUGUCCCUGCUCAUUGCUUCAAUGAGAGGCGGCCAUUGGAUUCCUUCGCCCAUGUCGAAAUCCACUAUAUGAACCGAUUCAACACAAGCAGGCAUGGCUUGUAGGAUGGCUGAAUUAGCGGUGAAAUGAGCAAACCUUCCAUAAGGGUACCAUUGAUAGAAGGCCUGGAAAGCCGGUUCCAGGUUUUUGCCAGAUUGUUGCCUGAGGUAGCUAAAGUUUCCUUGUGUUUCCCUUGAUUGGAACAGGUUGAAAGCAACCCUUUCCAUGGGUUCACCCAAUGGGUUGAUCACUUCAUUGACCCGCCUGAUAAUCACUUCUGUUAGCUCCUGAUGACAGUUCUGUACCGCUUCUCCAUAAGCCCAUAACAGAUGACUGAGCACUGAUAACUGUUGGUUUUCCAUUUCCGGGGCGGCGUUUUGGUAGCUGAUCUGUUGUUGUUCCGCCGGAGACAUUAUUUGAGGUGUCCAAGACUCCGAUUCACUGGUCAGCUGAGAUGAAACGUUUCCAUCGCAAUCGCUAUCUUCCAUCAAGAUCUCCAUGGCUUGAUUUUCAUCGAUGAAAUAAGGGAGAUCAUCAACCAGGUGGGUAUGGCUAUCAGGAGAAGCAGACAUGGAAGCCAAAUAUGAAUCAAAGGAAAUUCCCGAGGAAGAAUCCUCAUCCAUGGAGAUAAUAUCCAGGGGAAGACAAGGAAAACUAUAAACUCCUGUGUUAAGGUAAUCAAGACUGCUGGUUUUGUAAAUUGGCCAAGAGGGCUGAAAAGAUGUUGUUUCCAUAUUGUUAUUGUUAUUGUCUUUUGUUCCCCUUCAAGCUUCCUCUCUUCCUCUUGUUUUUAGCUUGCUUUGUGUAGUGAUUUUGAAGAAGAGGAAAUGGUUUGGGAAUGAGUUUUACUAAGCAUACAAAUUUAUAUAAAAAGUGGAAGGAAAUGAGUGGAUGGUGAUGUGCAUAUUAGCAGACAAGAUUAGUAGUUAAAAUCUCAAAAUAUUCAUUACACGUACGCAAAAUUAGUGUUAACCAGAAUACUUAAUUGACUCUAUUUGUGGGGGAAUUUGUGUCGUUUUAUUUGGUUGGAUGCAGUCCAAUCGAGAGGUCGAUGAUGAGC